GCCGGCCGCUGACACCCAGGGACCCACUGGAGGAAGGAAACGCUUCUUCCCCUGUCAGGAAGAAGCCGAUCGCGGCCAGGAACUCCGGCACCAGAGGAAGGCGAGGCUCAUGUCCAUCGCAGCCUAGGCGCCCCUCAGCCGGGCCCCCGAGGACCCUCCGCGGCCCCACCAUGGCCCUCUGCCUGAAGCAGGUGUUCAACAAAGACAAGACCUUCCGCCCCCGCAAGAAGUUCGAGCCGGGCACCCAGCGCUUCGAGCUGUACAAGAAGGCCCAGGCCUCCCUCAAGUCCGGGCUGGACCUCCGCGCCGCCGUCCAGCUGCCCCCCGGGGAGAGCAUCAACGACUGGAUCGCCGUGCACGUGGUGGACUUCUUCAACCGCAUCAACCUCAUCUACGGCACCAUGGCGGAGUCCUGCACGGCCCUCAGCUGCCCGGUCAUGGCCGGCGGGCUCCGCUACGAGUACCGCUGGCAGGACGAGCACCGCUACAGGCGACCGGCCAAGCUCCCGGCCCCCCAGUACAUGGCCAUGCUCAUGGACUGGAUCGAGACCCUCAUCAACAACGAGGAGAUCUUUCCCACCCGCGUCGGUGUGCCCUUCCCCAAGAACUUCCAGCAGGUAUGCACCAAGAUCCUCACCCGCCUCUUCCGUGUCUUCGUCCACGUCUACAUCCACCACUUCGACAGCAUCAUCUCCUUGGGGGCUGAGGCCCACGUCAACACCUGCUAUAAGCACUUCUACUACUUCAUCCGCGAGUUCAGCCUGGUGGACCACCGCGAGCUGGAGCCCCUGAGAGAAAUGACGGAAAGGAUCUGCCACUGAGGCAGUGUCUGUGGAGCAUCCAGAGUGGGUCCGGGACCUCAGCACCCACCCCGCAACCCGGGGUGGGGGCGUCCUGGACAUGGACAGAGCCCUGGGACCCCCCCAACCACCGGCAUCGGACCAGCCUCCCUCAGGACCAAAAGCGGUUGGAGGCCGGGGGCAGUCGGGAUAACCUGUCGGAGCUUCUCCCCACCCACCUCAGGGCCCUGGACCACCCUCCCCCAGCCCUCACUGAAGCAGCGAGGGGGUCGCUGAGGACAGACAGCAGGGGGUUUCUUCCUUCCCUGGGCAAUCUCCCCUUUUCCAAGGUUUGUGGACGGAGUGGGAGACGGGGGCCAGCCGGCCCUGGUCGUUCGGACCAACAGUAGUGAUUUGGGGAAAGCCUGGGUUUCCAGCCGAAGACCGGGGCCCCGUCUUCCCCCCAGUUUCUCCAAGGGCUACCCGGGCCUGUCGUACUUCCCUGCACUGAGCCACUAGUGAUGCUGUGAACCCCUGUCCCCAUUGCUGUGGAAACCAGGACCGGAGGACACAGAGCCAAGGCUAAGAGCCACCUCCCCCAGUCCACUGGGGUGGUUUCUGAUCGGUCAAGCCGAGCUCCGAGCAUCUCGCCGAGUCCCAGGGUGGGCGGGGACCUUAGAGAGGUCAUUUGGUCCAUCCCCCUGCUUCCAAGCCAUCUCCAGCCAGGGGAAGAAUCUCUCCUGUUCUGUGCCUUGGCUUCCUGAGCCACCCGUCUCCCGAAUGGAGUUCAGUCUCCCAUCUGAGCAUCAGGGAAGAGGUCAGACCUCCUCUCUGCCUCCUGCUUUGCCACCUGAACGUCUGUGGAGGGGGGAAAAACCACUUUGCAUUGAUGAGACUACGCUCCAACAGUCCCCAUUUGGGCUGUUGAGACGCCACCGGAUAAAGCAGCCAUUUCAGGGCUGCAUGAAGAUAUCCCGAGGCCAAGAGGAGGGAUCCCCGUUUCCCUCACCAGAGACAGGUCCAUCUGCCUUCCCCCGGGAACGCUCCCGCCCUCGGGGGCGUUCCCUAUGGAUCUCGGGAUCGGCAGAUUUCAGAAUCAAAGCCGGCUCGGAGGAAGGAAUUGCCAUCUUGAUCCGUCCCUGCGGUGCGGCCUGUGUCGCUGCCUGACUCUGGGCUGGCUGACCGAAUCGGGGAAGGGGAGACCGCUGGGUGUUAGGGCCCGGCCGUAGGUGGACCGGCAGGGCACGGGACGCACGUCCGGCCUCGGUUUCCCCAGGCCCGCGUGCACGCUUGUUCUAGAAG